AUGACGCAGAACGGCAGCGCCGAGCCCAAGUCACAAGAGGACACCAAGCCGGUCGUGAAUGGCAACGGCGCGGCAGACGAUCAUGAGGACGAGGAGGUCGAUGAUGAGGUCGAUGGCGAUGCACCCGUAGGCGCAGGCGCCACGGAUGGAGCGGCCAAGAAGAAGAAGAAAAAGAAGCCGAAGAAGAAAAAGGCCAAGGUCGCACAGAGCGAGCCUCCCCGCGUUGGAAUCACCAAACUCUUCCCGGACGGCGUUUACCCCGAAGGAGAGUUACAGGACUACAAGGAUGAGAACCACUUCCGUACGACGUCCGCAGAGAUGCGGGAGAAGGAGAAGCUUGCGAUGGGCGACCCAGAAUUGACAUAUGCGUCGAUCCGGCGGGCGGCAGAGGUGCACAGACAAGUGCGAGCAUACGCGCGCAAAACGAUCAAGCCCGGAAUGCGGAUGACCGACAUCGCGAACCUCAUUGAGGACGGCACACGGGCACUCGUGGAGGAGGACGGGCUGGACUCUGGCAUCGGCUUUCCCACCGGACUGUCACUCAAUCACUGCGCCGCCCAUUACACGCCCAAUGCUGGAGACAACAUCGUGUUGCAACAUAGCGAUGUGCUGAAGGUUGACAUCGGCGUACAUGUCAAGGGGAGGAUCUGCGAUUCGGCGUUUACUAUGACAUUCGAGCCGACAUAUGACAAGCUGCUCGAGGCCGUCAAGGAGGCGACCAACACUGGUAUCCGGGAAGCCGGUAUUGAUGCACGGCUGGGAGAUAUUGGCGCUGCGAUCCAGGAGACAAUGGAGUCCUACGAAGUCGAAGUGAACGGCAAGACACUCCCGGUCAAGUCCAUCGAGAACCUCAGCGGACACACCAUCAUUCCGUAUAUGAUCCACGGUGGCGACCGCGGCAAAUCAGUCCUACUUGUCAAGAACAAUGACGACACCAAGAUGGAGGAGGGCGAAUAUUUUGCCAUUGAGACGUUCGGCUCGACGGGCCGCGGGCGCGUUAUUGAGCAGGGCGACUGCUCUCACUAUGCAAAGAUAUACAACGCGCCGCCUGCACAGCUGAGGCUGCAGACGGCGAAGUCGCUACUCCGCACGAUCAACAAAAACUUCAAUACGCUGCCCUUCUGCCGGCGGUAUCUCGACCGCAUCGGCGAGAGCGGAUACCUCCUUGCCUUGAACCACCUUGUGGCUCAGGGGAUCGUGCAGGAUUACCCGCCGCUAUGUGACGAACGCGGGUCAAUGACGGCCCAGUUUGAACAUACGAUUCUCCUCCGCCCGACGCGCAAGGAGGUAGUCAGUCGCGGCGACGACUACUGA